AUGGCCCGCCUUGCAUUCUUAGUCCUAUCCGCGCUCGCGGCACUUGUCUCCGCGCAGAGCGCCUCCCCUGGCUGCGGUAGAGCUCUCUCUAAUGGACAACAGCCAGGAGGGUUUUAUGAAGCCUCUGUCAACAAUAGACGUUAUUUUGUCUCUAUACCCCUACGAUAUUCCAUCAACAAACCCGCACCUCUCAUCGUGUCCUAUCAUGCUGGUUCUCGAGACGUACAAAGACAGGUCAAUUUAGAUCAGUUUACUGACCCUAACUACAACACGGACAAGAUAGUUGUAUAUCCGGAUGGCUUGACUAAGCCGAACUGUGCACAGCAUAGCACUUGCUAUAAGCACUACUGGUCUCUCGGCCUGAGAAACUUUACUGCUGACGAUAUCGAGUUCACCAAGUCUAUUCUCAAUGCAGUUCAAGACCUUUAUUGCAUUGACAAGAAUCGUAUAUUCGCUGCCGGGAAAUCUCAGGGAGCGGGCUUGGUCGGAAGAUUGCUUGCAUGCGAACCGACUCUGUCACAAACCUUCGCUGCCUUCGCUCUAGUCGCCCCCCUGCUCUACACUGAUGUUCAGCCUUGUGUGGAACCUUAUAAGUUCCCGAUCCCUUGCUCCCCAGGAAGGACAGAUGUCCCUAUUCUUGAGUUCCAUGGCGGCAGGGAUAGAGCAGCGAAAUAUCGCGGUGAUUACGCUAGAAGACCCGGGGAGUGUCUUCCCAGUGUUCCCUGGUGGAUAAAGACAUGGGUGAGAAACAAUGGGCUCGACACGAAAGGCAAUACCAUGCAAUUGGCAGCCGACACGCCCACCACAAGCAUCACCAAGUACGGCUCCGGUGACAAGGAGGGCUUGGUUACUCACGUCUUCGAUUCAAAGCUUGGACACGACUGGCCUUCGAAAUCGAAUAACAGCGACAACAAUGGGAGACCUGCAAAGUUCGAGGCCACUCCUAUGAUAUUGGACUUCUUCGAUGCUCACCCACUUCGAGGCUCACCCGCUCUGUCAGCUCCUUCGAUAAUGCAAACAGAGUUUGAUGGCUUUUUCAAAUGGCGGGGUGGUCUUUCGUUAAACCAGGAUACAAUAGAUGGGCUGUGUAGCUGGAAAGACUACAUUGGAGCCGCGGUGGUCAAUUUUCUCAACUUCGUACGUUGA